AUGCAGCGUGCUCCAGCUACUACUGAGGAGCAGCUAUUUUUCAAAGCUAUCAAGGAUGAAUGUCCUUGGGAAAAUCUUCCUAAACGACUUCAGUCGUCCUUGUCUACUAGAGAGGAAUGGCAUAGAAGGUCAUCUCUAAUCUCACUUAUAUCUGUCAAUUGAGGGGACGUUUACCAGUCAUUAAUCUUUAGUUACUGGACCUUUUGGUGGCAUUGAUUAAAAUUGGUGAUUUUACCCUUUUAUGGUAGAAGCUUAUGAUUAGCUUUGUCUAUCUGUGAAGUUAUCUAAUAGAGUUAUAUCCAGAUUGCAUCAUGUUAACACCCAGAAACUUGUGCAUCCACUGUAUCUCAUAUUGUGUUGUACUGCAAUAAUUAUAGACCAUCAGUGGUAGGAAAUUAUCUUUAUCUGUUUCUACAAUGACUCCUUAACAAUAUAUAUCCGUGGCUAAUUCAUUCGAGUACAUUAGAAAUCAGGUUUGUAAUGGCCUUCUAAUUGCUCAGUUUUUUUCCUUGUUGUUCACUAUUUUUCUUAAUUAGUUUUCAUGUGAUGCUUUGUUUCUUUUGAUUCGGUUUUCCUUUUUUUAGUUAAUGCUCAACACUAUUAUUCUACUGCAGUUUUAUGGUCUCAGGAGUUACAGCUUAUUCCGUUUCCUGGUCAUAUAACAUCACUAUUUGUUGUGCAAUUUCGAUUCUGAGCUAUAUUUAGUACCCUACACUUGCUUUGCAGUGUACUGUCUUCCCAUGGGGGUUGGAAUUUUUUGUUCCUCUGUUUUUCUUUGCUUGACUCCUCAGUCAAUGUGUACUAGGUGACUACUGAACCUCAGAGGUUGUUAUGUCAGUAAAGCUGACAUUAGUCAGAUGAUAUAUUGAAAUUUAUUCCUGCCCUCAUUGAAUUCAUGAGGAUAUCAUGAAUUUUCGUAUUAAAUAAAUUUACUAUUGAUUUGUGGGGUUGAAGGAUUUUCAUCAUGAAUUUGGAUUGUGCUCUGGGGAGGGCUUCUCCUUUUCUUUUCUCAUUUCAUUUAAAAGACAGGAGUUGGGAAACUGAAGACUUUAGUUAUGAAAUGCAUCAUGCGAAGGAUAAAUAUGUUACACAAAUCAUUAUAUGUAGGACAUGGACCCUAUCACUCUUAUGGGAGACAUGUAACUUAAGUAAGUAACCUUAUAGUGAUCAAUUUUUUGACAGCUGGAUGCUUUGAUAGGAGUGGUUGAAUAAGUGUCAGUUUGUGGUGGAGAUGAGUAAACGUGAGAGAAGUUGGGGGAGGGUUCUCGCAACUAUGGUUGGGAAGACAGUGACACAGUUACUAUCGUCUCCUGGAUAGAACUUUUAUUCUUCGCUUUCUCUCUUUGUCAGAUCCUGUUAGCUUUGAAAUAUGAUUUCUUGCAUCUUAUUUUGUGUUCACAAUCGUCAGGAAUCAUUUCGCUAGCAACUUUUUUCUUUUUUUUUCUAAAGCUUGUAUCUUUGUUUGCAGGAUAAUAAACCAUUGCAUUAGGAAACGGCUGCAGUGGAAUACUUGUUUUGCUCGUAAGGUCUGUAAGGAAGGAGAAUAUUAUGAAGAGAUGAUGCGGUAUCUGCGUAAGAAUCUAGCAGUGCGUACUGAGACCAGAUUUGAAAGUUUUAUCAUCUCUGAUCACCAGUAUUUUUUAUUGGGACAAUCUCCAGAAUAGAGCCUAUGGGCUCAUUUAUUAUUUGCUAUGUCUACUUCUAUUGUGAUGGUUCAAAGAAGCUUUUUUGUCAAAUAGGGCACGAUUUUUUUCUAUUAUACAUAUCUAUUUUCAAUUGCUUAAGUAGGUAGAAUUUUUGAAGUCAUGAGUUGAGAUAAUGAAGAGAGGAAAACGGAUUGUAAAAUUUGGAGAUGUUUUCAUAUCCUUGUGCCAGCCUGAGAAACAAGGGACAUUUGAGCAAAGAUGCUUGAUGAGCUUGUCCAUGCAUUCUGUUGGAUUCUCUAAAGUUAUACUUUAGAAAAGUUGUUAAUAGGAGGGCAUCUCUUCCUAUCAAACCUAUUUUUAUUUCUUAAAUUUGGAUUCGUCACUUGAUGCUUUGUUUUUGCAGUUAUUUCCAUAUCAUCUUUCGGAGCAUGUUUGUCGAGUUAUGAGGAUCUCUCCCUUCAGAUAUUAUUGUGACAUAAUCUUCGAAGUUAUGAAGAAUGGUACGUGCUGGCUUUUGCUGGAUCUAUUUUACUCUUGAGUUUGAAUUAACAAGCUAAAAUUUGAUGGUCUCGUUCACUUUCGUGUAUGUAUGCCAGUGACUAUCAAAAUCACAAAAGUCCUUUUUAUUCGAACCACAUACUAUUAUAGGCCCAUGUUCAACGUGGAUUUUAGUUUGCCGCUUUGAAAUUUGAUAUUCCUGUCAAAUUUUCAUUUUUUAGUGUUGUAACUGUUCUCUAACUUUGGAGCUUUAUCAAUAUCCAAGGCUUGAUUGGAUACAUCUCAUUUUUUUCGAAUGUCAUUUGAUCUUCAUAACUCCCUAAUUGACCUUUUAAUUCAAUUCCAUGCUGUGUAAAUAUGAAGUGUCCAAUGCGUUUAUGGAGCUUUUGUUGUCCUGAAAGAAUAAUUUGUUCUAAUCACAUCAGUUAAGCUCACGUCAAUAGGGUCUUUGUAUAGUAAUGUUCUUCAGGAUGGCUGUAGAUUUUCUUCUUCAGUACAUCAUACUCGAUCUCUCUAUCAUUAGGUUCUCCUUCCCUUAUCAGACCAGGUUCCUGCCUAACAGCCCAAGUCUAUUUCUCAUCCUGGCUGGCGGAUCUGAUUUUGAAGUUUGGUAUAAUUGAAGACUGAAUUUUGGUCAGCGAACCAGGUUUUUAGAUUUGUUCACAAUAUAAACCCAGUGUUAGGGUGUCCCUGAUGGCUUAACCUCUUUCAAAUUCCCUUCGUUUUUCUAAAUUUUUAAAGUUCUAGUCUAAGUUCGUCUGCUUCAUCUUUGAUAAAUAUUGACUAUUAGUCAUGAGGUUUAAUUUUUCAUCACCUCAUUGCCAUCAGUGAAUAAUUUGCCUGAUCGCUAUUUCGAUUCAGAUUUAGAUCUAAGGCUGAUCUAAUUUCUAUAUAUUAGUGUGUUUUACCAAUUAGUCAGCACAAUGUUUAAGAAAUAUAUUUUCAGGCCAAAAUAUGAUUUUUUUGAAUCUAGUUCCAAGUGGAAAAAGAAGUCUUCUGCUAUCCUUGAGUUUUUUGAAGUGUUCUACACUUUGAACUUGCCUUGGGUUUAUUUUUGGAUUUUAUCUACUGUGGGGAAAAUUUUGAUUAAAAAGUAAAAGAAAAGGGGAUAGUCUUAGUUUAGCCGCCGCUGACUUUGCCUCCAAGAGAAAGAAAUCAAGAAAUGAACCCAUUUGGAGACUGCCGUCUCCAAAUGGAGUUAUCAUUGCUAUGCAGCAAUCCUUGGCAAUCGUGGAGUCCUGAAAGUUAUCAUUGCUAUGCAGUUCAUGUUUAAAGCUGUGAAUUUGUUGGUAAACAUUUCCAGGGUUAUUGGUACCACUCAUUUGAUCUCGCUUAUCCUAGACUAAUGGCAUGUCUUUUCUGAAGUUGUUAUGUGUUUAAUGUAUUAUCUUUCUAAUGUUACUGUUGAUCCUAGGAAAUAUUACUCAUUUUGCUUGACAUUCCAUUCAUAUUUAAAUUUAGUAUUUUCUUGAAAUUAGCAUCAGUUUCUUUUGCAACUGAGGAUCUCCAUGCAUCAUACCUGUUUAUUCUUGCAGAGCAACCAUAUGACAGCAUACCCAAUUUCAGUGCUGCAGAUGCAUUGAGGCUUACCGGGAUAGGCCGAAAUGAAUUUAUUGAUAUAAUGAACAAAUGUAGGUCAAAGGUAUCCGCCACAACCCAAGAGACUUCAUAGACUUAAUUGGCGACUUUUGUAAUUUUUUCAAUGGAUUGAUGCGUUUAUCAAAUUUCGAUCUGGUACCUUUUUAUAUGAACAUAGGUAAACAAUAUUCAUACGAAUCAAUAGACUGUACAUCAAUGGAUUUGCCUAAUACUAAACCUAAUGCAGUUAUACAAUUAUACAUCUACAUGCAAUCAGUCGUUGCUAAUUUUUGUUAGUGUUUUACCGUCCUUGACAUCAUUUCGUAGCAUCUUCUGUUCAGCUUGUCAUGAUUUUUGUUGGCGUUCUUCCUUGUCAUCAUUUUUCAUUCAGCAGAUAAUGUCUCUUGCCUAAUCCUUGUACGAAUUGGGUCUGUAUUUUUGGCCUUCAGAUAAUUGAACUCUGUCACCUUCGCAUCAGAUACCUUGGUAUUGUAGUUUUGAAGCUAACCUCAUAGUUGUACCUUAAGAUGCCACCGAUUUAUAACCUGGAGAUCGAACACUAAUUUUUUAUUACCUGCGGCGCUGAUGAAAUUUUGGGUUCAACUUUUUAACAAGUAGACGAAAUUCUAAGUAUUGAUUUCUAGAACCUGCUUCAAUACUCACUUGCCCUAUGGAUGAAAGACUGGGAAAGAAAUUAGACUUGUACACCACUCAUGUACCACGCACACAUGAUCCAAAGUUUAUGCAGUUUGCUGGCUCACCCCCUACAUACACAGAAGACAGCAGUCUUUGAACUUCUGCUGAUUUCAAGAAUAGGGUUUCAGUCUCACCACAAAGUAGGAAAAGGAACUCUAUGAUUUCUGUCUAUAUCACCUCCUUAUUUCCUCCCUAGAGAUAGGAGAAGCACGUCCAUAGCCUAUGAUGGAAUCAUGAUUCUGACAUUAAGUAUUUUGUCUCGUAAUGUACUCCCAUCGCACUUUAGAGAGGUUUUUGUGUUAGGAUCGGAUCCUUUCCACGCUUUACUUUUAUCUUUUUCCUGAAAAAUGUUUCCCUGUUUUGUGUUUUGCUCUGUUUAGUUCGUGCCCAUAUAGUGUUGUGAUGAGAAGAAUAAUUUACAUAGAUUUCCCACACCAACUACUUCCUCAUUAAGCAGAACUUAAAGGGCCAGUCAGUCCAAUGACUCCAGGUUUACUUCAGUAUCCACUAUACAGACAACAUGAUGAACUGUUCAAAAAAUAUUUUUAUCUAUUCUCACAAGACCAGUUGCAAAAGCGGAAUUCAUACUACAUUGCUCGUACUUUGGGUAUUGAUACUUAGUACUUUUCUACUUAGCUUGAGCUCUAAGAUGACUGGAGCUUGGCUUCUUAAGUUUUAAAUUUAUAUAAUAAAAUAAAUAAAAUAUUUAACAUCUGUUUUCCAUUUCUCCUAUGUGGGCCAUCCAGAAAAUUAUGUGGAAACUGAACAAGUCAAUUGCUAAGGAAUUUCUACCUACGCAACCAGUUGAUUUUUUAAUUGACCCAUGGUGGGGAGUUUGUCUUGUCAACUUUACCCUGGAAGAAUUUAAGGUAUGCAUGACAGUUUCCCUCUUGCUGGCCUGAAAAAUGUGUUCAGAAAUCUAUGCUUGCAGUGAAAUUUUAUAUCUUGCUUCAUUCUUUAUUAAUUCAGUUAAGAUUUCUUCUUUCUAUGCAGAAACUCAGUGAAGAAGAGAUGGCGACAAUAGAUAAAAUCUGUAAAGAAGAAGCAAACUCAUUUUUUCUUUUUGAUCCUGAUGUCAUAAAAGGUCUUUAUCAGAGGGGACUCAUUUAUUUCGAUGUUCCAGUUUAUCCUGAUGACCGUUUUAAAGGUAUAUUAUCUGGAGCCCCUUUGUUUUUUGCCUUUUUGUCAAGUCUUCAUCUUGAAAUCACUAGAGAGAGUUUUGUGGCUUUUUGUGUUUACAAUUAGAUUUUAUAUCCUGAAGCAUUGCGUAGUUCCCAAACUUGAGAUAUUUCUGAAAGUUACAUGUCCCUGUGUAGCCAUUGUGUAGUUGAUACAUUGGGCUGCUGUCCCUGUGGAAAUUGUAGUUCUCGCCCUUACAACUAGUUUGAUCUAUCACGCUUUCAAAUUUCCUUUCUAAAGGUAUCAUUCCAUAUAAGAUGGCUUUCAUGGUGCAUAGGAGUAAAUCGUUCCUUGUGUUUUCAUCUGGGUGUUGAUACAACCAGACGAAAAGCUAAGUUUUUGUCAUGGAAGUGUUGCAUAGUGCUAAGACUUUUGGUACGUAAUGGGUGUUUGAUGCUCUAGAAAAUCCAUGUGACAGUGGCUUUCAGUGUACAACUUUGUCCUAGUUUAUUUCGUCAAAAUGGUGCAACUGGAUGUUGUUGCUACCACCAAAGAAACUAUUAAAAUAUUAGUUUUUUUGUGCCAAUUUAGUAAGUAUUUUGCUAACAGUUCUCUCACAGGUCAGAAAUUAGUGUAUUUUAUAAUUCAUCUUAAUUUUUCUCAGUUUCAAAUUCUAAAAAUCAAGAUCAUUUGGUCUACUUAUAGGAACCAGGAAAGUAAAAUUAAAGUCCAACCAGAUCUUUUGUGUCUACCCUGCGCAAUUUGGAUUGAUAUAAAAUCCAAUCAUCUUAUUUUUGGGAUGUGUUAGUUAUAUCCUUCAUUUAUUGUUGAACAUUUGUGCAUUCAAUGUUUUAAUCAGAGGGUAGUGUUUUUGCAUCAAAUUAAAUAUUAAGUGACCAUAUCUGUAAUAAACUGGAUAAGAGUUAAAGGAAAAUAACAUGUAGCAUGCCAAAAAAUUGAAAUCGCUUAUACUCCCUCUUUCUAGUUGUGACUUUCGUGCGUAUCUUCUCUGUCUAGUUAUUAUCUUCUUUUCAGAUUGUUAAUUCCAUCCUCGUGCAGUUUCCAGACUAGAAGGGUUUGUUUCAAAUAGGGAGCAAAGUUAUGAAGACCCUAUAGAAGAGUAAGUUCCUCUAACAUCGCUCUUAUAUGUCAAUUUUUUCUAUUAUUCUAUCCUCCUGUUCUAAGUUUUAAAACUUGCCGUGUGAAAUAAAAACUUUCUUUCUGUAGGCUGCUCUAUGCUGUUUUUGUUGUUUCAAGUGAGAAUGCAACUGUUGCUGAAUUAGCUGCCACGUUACAAGCUGACCUCUCUCAGCUACAAUCUGCCGCAUCUUUUGCUUGUCGACUAGGCUGGGCUGUCAAGGUGAUUGAUCCAGCAGCUAUUCUCAGGGAUUCUUCCUUGGGAACUUUACUAAGUGAUGAUGAAGAUGCCAGUAACAGCUCAGCUAGUGUGACAACUGCUGGUGAUCCUAUUCAACUACGUCAUGGUUCACAGUCAGAAAACCGAAGUUCUGGUUCCGGUUCUACUCGUAUUUGUUUAAUCGUUGAUGCAAAUAUCACAUCCUAUCUGAUGAUGGGCUCACUUUCUCCAGGUCUUACCUUUGUUGCCAGCCUUGUAGAUGGUGUAUUUAACAUAUAUGCUUGAUUGGUGGGUCAAAGAUGAUAGUGUGACCUAUUUCAUGUUGCUCUUCUAGAGAUUCUUGUCUAUGAAAGUAGUUAAAAAAGUGUUUGUUCUAACCUCAGUUGCAUCCUCACGGUUCUUCUUCCAUUUUAAGUCGCCAUCUGUAUUUGCUAAUCUAAUUUACAUCUUAUUAUGUUGGAGCAUGGAACAGUUUCUUGGAGUAAUAAAUAUGCAAAUAAAAUUCCACAAAAGAGGUGAUGCGAAAUUGAGGUUAGUAGAAGCACCUAGUAAGAAAUCACCUCCGUUUUAGUCCUGCUUUUAGAUGGGGAGGAGAAGAUGAAAUGAACUUUGAUGGAAGAUAGUAAGAAAGAUCUGGAAAUAGGCGUCAAUAGAAACAUGAUUAUGCAGAGUGGAUUUAUGAAUAGCUUGCUUCUUCCAUCUCAGUUUUUGGGAAGCUGAUAGAUGAUGAUGACAACAAAAUUUUUUGAAUCUUAACACCAGCAUAAAUCUACCUGAAACGCUACCAUAGAUAAAACGGUUGGGUCAUAUACUCAGUGCAUACUAAUGGUGCCUUCCCAUGGAAGCAGAAUAUUUGUGAGGGGAUCUUGGUGGUGUGCCUGUUUUCCAGGCUGUGCAGUACCUUGCAAUAGAAGCUUCAGAAUUGUACCAGCGCUUCAUCUGACCAACCUAGGCCCACAAUGGAUACCGUAGCAUUUUUUUCUUCUUGGUUAUGUCAAUGUUGCAUGCUGGAAUUUAGGAGAUUUUUCUGUCUCAUUCUGUGAGUCGUUAGCCUGUUUCUUGAGUACUAAAAAUUCCACCUUUUGAUUGGUAUAAUUAGCAGUCCUCGUUCUCGAGUACUAAAAUUCCACCUUUUGAUUGGUAUAAUUAGCAGUCUUUUCUAUUCCUUGUUGCGAGUUUUGUCAAUGAAUUAUUAUUUUGUAGUCCACACCUUUGGAUGAAUUGUAUCUCCUUUCUUUAUGUCAAAGAAGCUUUACAUCCUGUUCAUCAGGUCCACUUGACAAUAAAUAUUUACAUAUCCAUAUUCAGAUUUGCUUUCUGCACUGCGUUGUGUAUCUGCUUCACUAUGAUUUCUGACAGAUCAUCAUCCGUAUCUACAAAUUCGAUUCUACUCUUCUGCUUGCAAAACAUAUUUCCUUCUUUUUGUAUAAAGGGAAAUGAUUUUUUAGUGUGUGAAGUCAUAGUGAAGAGAACCAACGCUUGAUGCAGGGGCUAAUUAUCCUCUUUUAAAGAGAUUAGUUAUUUCGCUGCUGAGCUUGAUUUUUGUCUACUCUGUAAGUUGAGCUUCACAUGUAAACAAUCCCAAUAAGAUGUUUCUUGGAUUUUUUCGCAUGCAACAACUAGCGCCAACUCUCCCCCAACUAGAGGAUAUCAAAGCAUCGAAUCUAACGAUUUACAGAUUGAUAUUACUGAAGUAAUAUUCAUUUAGUUUCUGAGCAAAGAUAUCUGUUGCAUUCUUUGUGAAGCGUUGUUUGACUUGAAGUCCACCAGACUGAUUGACUAAAGUGACCGUUUCAUCUGUCUAGCCUAAAUUUAAGGGCAUCUAUGCCUAGAGACGACACUCAAUGAAUAGUUUUAGGCAAGGUUAUGUGGCCAUGCGGUUGUUUCAAUUUUCAUUGCCAGGUUAGACAUGUGUGAUGAUAUUUUCCAGGUAUGCUGAGUAGAGAGAUAACGUGCUAUCUCUUGGACAUUGAAAAUGAUUAAUGACCAAUUGAAUUUUUCACUUCACUGAUGCAUCAAUAAUACUUCAUGUCACUAAUUAGUUGUAAAUCUGCAGCCAUUUGAGUCCCUUCUAAUUUAGUUCUUUGUUCUGUUUGGUUACUUCAAUUAAAUCUGUCUUCUUAUGCCUCCUUCUACAUGUUUACCAAUCAGACAGUUUUUUUAUGCAUCAAAUGAUUUUUCUGGUCAUUAGUUUUAACUAGAUACCUUGUCCGUUCAGAUAUACGUGUAAUCAUGAUUUUACAUGACACUUUAGUAUCUCUGUACAUGGUCUUGGCUCACUUCCGUGGUACUUAUCCUUUUCAGGGCUGAAAUCCCACGCAGUAACGCUAUAUGAAGCAGGAAAGCUCGAUGAUGCCAGUAUUUCGGACCUUUGCGAUGAUCUGGGUACAUUGGAAGGGAAAAAAUUUGAGGGGGAAUUGCAGGAAUUUGCUAAUCAUGCAUUUAGUCUUCGACGUGUGUUGCAAUGUCUCCAAUCAGGUGGUAUUGCAGCUGAUGAACUGGAUGUGAAGUUAUCAAACUCUAGUGGUGACUCCCACUUAUCCAAGGCUGAUGCCAUCAAUGAGUCUGCUGACUCUGAGAAGUAUGUCACAGAUGGAAAUAAGCAUCUGCUUGUUGAAUCAUCUCAGGGUGAUUCCUUUCCAUCUGAGAUAGGGGAGACAACUGAAAAUGAGGCAACCGAUGCAUUGCCACCUGAAAAUCAGGAGUUAAGCAACAUUAUCCCGGGUGAUGAGACUUCAUUUUCAACUGGCGGUCAGUUAAGUGAAAAAGACAACUUAACUGGGAAAAAGAGCUACCAUGUCAAUAUCCUCCGAUGUGAAAGCCUGGCUGCUCUUGCUCCAGCUACUUUAGAUCGGCUAUUUCUUCGUGACUAUGAUAUUGUUGUGUCCAUGAUUCCACUGCCCUCUUCCUCUGUUCUACCUGGAUCUGCUGGCCCUGUGCACCUUGGCCCACCCUCAUACUCAUCGAUGACUCCCUGGAUGAAGCUUGUUUUGUAUACAACCAUGGCUAGUGGACCACUCUCAAUUGUUCUCAUGAAAGGUCAGUGCCUACGAAUGCUUCCUGCCCCAUUAGCUGGUUGUGAGAAAGCACUGAUAUGGUCCUGGGACAGAUCUGUUGUUGGAGGUUUGGGAGGUAAGUAUGAGGGGAACUUAGUCAAUGGAAAUAUUCUUUUGCAUUGUCUGAACUCACUUCUGAAGCACUCAGCUGUUCUAGUACAGCCCCUGAAUAAAUAUGACCUUGAUGAGUCUGGAAGAACAGUCACAGUGGACAUUCCACUUCCUAUGAAGAAUUUUGAUGGUUCAGUUGCGAACAUUGGGGACAUGGGUAUUUUUAGAGGGGAAAACAGCCCUCCAAAGCUGAAUCUUCUCUUACAUGAACUGUCUGACAAACUAGAGCUGUGGACAGUAGGCUAUAUACGUCUUUUGAGGUUGUGUAAGGAGAGAGAACAUUAUCAGUCUGUUUCCCCUGAUGAAAAAUAUGAAUGGGUCCCCCUAAGCAUAGAAUUUGGGAUUCCACUGUUUAGUCCGGAGUUAUGCAGCCGGAUCUGUGAGAGGGUUGUUUCCUCACAUCUACUUCGUACUGAGUCAAUCAGUGAGCAUCAUGAUUCUAUGCAGCGUUUGAGGAAAAGACUCAAUGAUAUCUGUUUUGAGUACCAAGCAAUGGGUCCCACAGCGAAACUUUUAUACCACAAAGAGCAAAAGGACCAACCCAAGGAACCAUCCCGCCAGCUAAUAAACUAUGCUAGCGGAAGGUGGAAUUCUCUCUCAGAGCCAUCAAUGGCUUUAUCUGAAAAGUCCAGUGAACAUCAGAGGCUAAAGCUUGCUAAUCGACAGCGUUGUCGUACUGAAGUUCUCAGUUUUGAUGGAAAUAUUCUCAGGUACUAUAUGAGUUACAAAUUGUUUGUUUCAAUAAGUCUAGAUUAUAGCUUUGCUGCAUGAUUUUUGCACUAUGCUGAAGAUUCCUUCAAUAUCUUGUAGUAAUUAUUUGUCUUAAGAUUCUUUUGGAGAAAGCGACUACUUUUUUUAAUUGUGCCAAGUACAUGUUUUCUAAAAAUGCCAUUGAUAGACGUGAGUUGAGGACACAAAAAGUAAGAAGAUACUAUUUCUGUUCCGACGCUUUGUCAGACAAGAGCAACGCUGUCCAUGCAAGCAUGGGAAUGCCUCUUUUAGGCUAGUAACUCUUGUUCUUUAGCUGUCUAGUAGCCAAUUCUCCUAAAUCACUUGUAAUGUACCAAAGGUUUUUGUAUUGGCAUUAGGUGCAGAAGGAACCAAACUCAGUUAAUGUUUUGGAAAUUCAUGAACAUGAUAAAUUAUAACUGAAUAGAUAUCACGGAAUAAUUAUGCCCUAUCCUAUGGAGUCGAAGGAAUCCUGUCCUCAAGUGUGCAUUAUAUAUAUAUUGUUUAUCCCAAAUCUUGCAUGUCAUUGUUUUAUAUUAAGUGUGGGCGAUGCUUGGUAUUAAAUCUACAUUUUUUAUACCUUCUUCAAUCAUAUAGAUCCAAAAUAGGAGCAGUAAAUUGUUUAAUAUGGAGUUUUGGUUAACCUGUAAACAUGAUGAAGGUUAUAUGAAACGUUUUCUACUAUUUUUUAUUUCUCUCAUGGAUGUUUGAGGCCCAGUUGAAUGAUUACAUUUUGGAGAGAAUCAGAAGAUUUAAGUGAAGCCCUGAUGACCAUUUUCUGAGCAGGACAUAUGCCCUCUCACCUGUCUAUGAAGCUGAGACGGCGCCUCUUGAAGAAUCGAAUAGUGCAAGUGCUGUGAAACCUGAGUCAGACGAUGCAGAAAAAAGAGAAGUGGUCCUACCUGGGGUGAAUCUUUUAUUUGAUGGUUCACAGACUCACCCCUUUGACAUAGGUGCUUGCCUUCAGGCUCGUCAGCCCAUUCUGUUGAUUGCUGAGGCCUCAGCCAUCUCAGCUUCCUUGCAGACGAACAAGCUUUUAUGA